CUGAGGCAGCCUAGAAACUGGAUAAACUGAACGUCAAAUAACUGUGAUUAAGAAACACUGAUAUAAAAUGUCAAGAGGAUAUGAUACAGGUAAUCUGCUGUGGGACCUUGCCAUAACACAAGCUAAUGAUAAAACGAACGAAAACACUGUCAGUGAUGACUCUGCUGUUUUUGUGAUUGGAGGGAAAGGAGCGGGGAAAACAUCUAUCAUUCUACGAUUCCUAGACAGAGAUGAGGCGUCCAAACCUACCGUGGCCUUAGAAUAUACAUUUGGUCGUAAAGCCAAGGGACAUAAUAUAGCUAAAGAUGUUGGUCACAUAUGGGAGUUGGGUGGUGGAACAUGGCUGACCAAACUCAUGGAUGUUCCUCUUAAUCCUGACACCAUCACACACACUGCCCUAGCUAUAGUGGUCGACCUGUCCAAGCCUAACGAGAUCUGGUUCACACUGGAGUCGUUACUAGCAGCUGCUAAAUCUAGGAUAGAGACCAUCAUAGCAGAGAUGAAAUCAGAAGUCCCCAACAUCAAAGAACAGUUGAAGAAGGCAGCUUGGAAACGAGUAGGAGAGGAUCAUAUGGACAGUACAAUGAUGGACCCGUUUUUAAUACCACUCAUCAUUAUAGGUGGUAAAUAUGAUAUUUUCCAGGAUUUUGACUCUGAAAAACGAAAAGUGAUUUGUAAAACCCUAAGAUUUGUAGCUCACAUCCACGGAGCAUCAUUACAGUUUUUCAGUAUCAAGCAAGAACAACAGGUGAACAAGAUGAGAGCACUGAUAAGUCAUCACCUGUUUGAAACAUCAUUAAGUAAGACGUUACAGACAGAACACAACAAACCUAUACAGGUGGCAGCAGGGCAUGAUUCUCUACAACAGAUAGGUACUCCUCCUUUGUCUGACAAAGAUGUUGGUAGAAUCAAUGCAAAGAACCCAAUGCAGCUCUGGAAGCACGCCUACACUGCCAAGUUUCCACAGGAGGACAUAACAAAUCCUGCAAUGGUGGACGACCCAGCUAAGGAUCCUCAGUACAAGGAAGCAGCUAUUGACUCUCUGAGGGCUCAGAAAGACGAGGAGUUGGAGCGCUACCGACGAAUGUCAGAGAGAAAAGCAAAGAGUGCAAAAAAAUACGCUGACAAAUUUUCAUCAUAGAUUUACUAGGUGUUUUAUGAGGAUGACUACCUGUAUGAAAGUGCUGGACAUUACAGGGACUUGACGUGGUUUUGAACAAUGACAACAACUGCUCCAGGUCAAUUUAAUUUAGGAAAGUGGAUGGGAGGGCAUGCAAUCCAGAGACACAGUCUACAGUGGGACUGAGCAAAGUUAACUCAUUUGAGGUGUAAUUGAAGCUGACGACAAGAUAUGUCUUAUUUCACACCUGUAGUAGCUAUAUAGAGUGAGAGAAUUGUUAGUGGAUACACAGAAGUUUGAAAGCAAUACAAUUUGUGGAUUAUAUAUCAGAGUUAUGCCAGCUAUAUGUAUGCUUCAUCAGGUCUUGCUAGAACUUACUAAUACAUGUGAUCUGUAACAUGACUAUACAUAAACAUGGAUAAAAGAUCAAUGUAUACAGAUACUCAAAAAUGUUAGAAUCUGAUAUCAGAAUAUUUUGUUACAUUUAU